AAAUGGCGGAUGCCAAUGGCGCUUUUAUGUGUCACAAAUACUUGAAAAGGACGUUAUUUUUAGUUUUUGCCUCGGUAUUAUUAACUAAAGAAGUUUUAAGUUUGACCUGUUAUUGUGCUGGUGUAUGUCCCAAUAGUCAACCAAAUGGCACCUGUCUUGCUCGUCCGCACAGCCAGUGUUUUAGUGCUGUUGAACAAGUAUAUAACCAUGAAACUGGGCUGCUAGAAAAUGAGAGAACCUAUGGAUGUUUACCUCCUGAAGAAGGAGGACUUAUGCAGUGUAAAGGUCACCUUGUGCCACAUCAAAUUCCAAAGUCUAUUGCUUGUUGUUCCAACAUGGAUCUGUGCAAUAAGUAUUUAACUCCAAAUAUUGUAAUUAGACCUACAACACCAAAUCCAUUGUAUAAUGGAGAAUUGAUGACAUACAAUGGACCAUAUCAUUUGAUUACAUUUGUGGCUGCUGCAUCCGUGUGCAUACUUAUCAUACAAACCUCUUAUAGUUUUCUUUUCUGUUUAUUUAGCAUGAAGAAUCGGAAAGAAAGUCGGAGAAGUUAUAUAGAUGGUGAAAAUUGCAAAAGCUAUCUUGCAGGUGAUUCAAUGCGAAAUUUAAUUGACAAGUCCAAUAAUACUACAGGCAGUGGAUCUGGUGCUCCUUUAUUGGUUCAACGUACUAUCGGAAAACAAAUAGAAAUGAUUCAAACUAUUGGCAGAGGACGUUUUGGGGAAGUUUUGAAAGCACGAUUACGUGAUGAGUUUGUUGCUGUUAAAGUUUUCUUCACAUCUGAGGAAGCAAGUUGGGCCAGAGAAACUGAUAUAUAUAAAACAGUCCUUCUUAGGCAUGAAAAUAUUUUAGGAUUUGUUGCUGCUGAUGUGAAAGGUACUAGUAACUGGAUUCAGAUGCUUUUAAUAACAGAUUAUCAUGAAUUGGGAUCAUUACAUGAUUAUUUAAGGGUACAUAUGCUGGAUAUUCGAGCCAUGCUUCGGUUAGCCCAUUCGGCAACUAAAGGCAUCAACCACCUCCACACAGAAGUGCUUGGAAAGCAAGGCAAGCCAGCUAUUGCACAUAGAGAUAUCAAAAGCCGAAACAUUCUAAUUAAGCGUGAUGGAACCUGUGCAAUUGCAGAUUUUGGUCUUGCCGUGAAGUAUAAAAGUGAAUCCAAUGAGUUGGAUUUAGGUACAAACACGAGAGUUGGUACUAGAAGAUAUAUGGCACCUGAAGUUUUAGAUGCAACCCUUGAUCCCUCACAAUUUGAAGCUUACAAAAGAUCAGAUAUUUAUUCUUUUGCUCUUGUUCUUUGGGAAAUAGCUAGGAGGUGCAUAGUAAAUGGCAUCGUAGAAGAAUAUCAGCUUCCAUAUUAUGAAUAUGUACCUACAAAUCCUAGUUUUGAAGACAUGAGAAAAGUAGUCUGUGUAGAUCAAAUAAGGCCAACUAUUCCCAAGCAUUGGAGCAGUUGUGAAUUCAUGCAAGGAAUGAGUAAAAUCAUUCAAGAAAGCUGGAAUAAGAAUCCUGGAGCUAGAAUUGCUGCCUUAAGGAUAAAAAAAGAUCUCAAGAAACUUGAAGAUAGGUAUCAAGACUUGAACAAAGAUGAGAAAUUAGUGUGAUCUGUUUCUUCCAGUUUUUCACAAUUGAAAGCCAAAGGAAGGGCAAAAACUUGCUUCUCAAUUCAUCCCUUCUGAAUGGUAAAUCUGGUGCCUUUUAAACA